AUGACUAUGGGCGAUCACAAUAACCUUCAAGUGGGUAAAGAAACACCGGCUUCAGACACAAAGUCAAGGUGGCUUAAUACUUUCUGUUUCUACAUCUUUGGUUUUUUCACCUACUUCAGCGUAGAAAUGUUCGUCAUAGGAACGCAGGAUAUCCUGAGCGGCAGGAACAUUCCGACCGCUAUUUUGAUCACUUGCUUUGAAGGUCCUUUAGUGAUGGCCAAACUAGUCAUUCCUUGGUUUCAGGAGAAGAUUCCCUACGUGGUGAAGGCGUUCUUUAUCGCAUUCUUUAUGAUUCUUGGAUUGUCUAUAGUCGUUUUCGCAAACGACUUCAGAGUGAAAAUUUUAGGAGUCGGGCUAAACGCUAUGGCUGCUGGUGCUAACGAAGCCACCUUCCUUGCGCUGGCUUCGUUCUACCCAAAGCGAUGUAUCAGCGCGUUCGUCUCUGGCACUGGAUCGGGUUGUUUGAUUGCCGCUCUUUACUACAUGGGUAACUACAAAAAUUCUCUUAUUUUUCAGAGCUUUCCUUAAUUGAAGAUGAUACAGAGUGUGUUUAAUUGAAUUUACUCUCUAGUAGUUAACCGCAAAAGGGGAAAUAAUGAGUGAAUAUCAUGAAACAAACUGUCUUCAACAUGAAAAAAUAGCGAAUGUUGAAGCUUGCGAUAAGGGAGCGAACCAUGAGCGCUUGAAAGAGAAAUUCAAGAGAGUGCAAGGUCCCGUCAACUUUACAACAGAAACAACGAAAAACGCAAUCUAUAGGUAACUUGUCCAUUGAAAAUGGGAUAAUUAAUUAAGGUACUUUUAACCGGAUAAAAUUGAAAAAGCUGUCGUUGACGGUGUUACAAAUCAUUUUGAAGAAAAUACAUUUUGAAAAUUGAGCUUUUCGAAAUCGUCAAUGUCAGUGCUCUUCCUUAUUACACUUCCGAUUCUCGCUCAAAUUUCCAACGGCACGAACGUCGAUCGAAGCCGAGAACUGAACUUUCCAUUCGCAUCCUUUUUCCCUCCUACAUUUAUAGAUUUGGACUUUUGUUUGUGUGCGUCACGUAGAGAUUUAAAAUUUUUUAUGACGCCGUUAGCGCGCUGUGUCAUUAUAAUACGGAGGAUUAGUUUUGUCAUUUGCAUUUCAGACGGAAUACUGACUUUCCCCCUUUGUGUGUCUAUCUAAAAGGAAACAGUCAAGUGUUUCUGUCGCUGGUCAUUAUUUUGAUUUAAAAAUAAAUCAGGCAAAAAUUUAGACGGAAAAUAUCAGCUACGUUUACAAUCUGAAAACGUCUUUUCAAAGUUACUCUUCGUACAAAUUGUGCAGACGGGCUCCUUAGAGAAAAUAAAGAGAUGGUCGCAAGAAUUCCUAUCGUAUCCUAUUCGCCUAGAAUUCCUAUCGUAUGAAAGCUAAGUUUUUCGUUUGUCUCACGAUGUAGUCACGUGUGAUGUAGACCGCGACGUUUCGACUGCAUACUGCUAGUCUUCUUCAGGCGAUGAGGUCCACUAGUCUAAUCUUAUAAAGCAUGAUGAUCCGCUGCGAGUAGUUGUUAUUCAACAGCUCUGAUUGGUGCAUUUCGAUCCUUGCUGUUCACUCAGUGAUUUGCUCUCUCGGCGGUUCACUGUCGCACGGCUCUCCUGUUGUUGUGUUUUUUGAUCGUGGGCCUCCACGCUUCUGGAAUUUCUAUUCCACUAUCCUUGUUGAUGUUGUUAGGGUGAAGUUUUAUGUGAAAGAAGACUAGCAGUAUGCAGUCGAAACGUCGCGAUCUACAUCACACGUGACCACAUCGCGAGACAAACGAAAAACUUAGCUUUUAUUGUUAUUCACCACGAUGAAUAACCACAACCUUUUCUACGCAAUAAACCCUAUCGUCAUGAUCCCAAUGGAAUUCUGAACUACUAGCUAAGGGAUACAAUGCUCAAUAUGUACAGUUGAAAGAGAAAAGUGAUCAUUAUUUUUUCUUUUUAUCAGCUCUCACGACGUGGACUUGCUUAUCUCCUAAGACCACCAUGAUGAUAACAAUUCCCCUUCCUCUGGCAGUUUUGAUUUUUUACGCAUUGCUGAACAAAGAAUUUCUCCCAAACAGCUCACAAAGCAGCCCCAUGAAGCUCAAACACGUUAAGUACUCCAUUGUAGGAUCCACUUCUGACACCAUGGAUCAGGAUGCGCCAACUCGCCAAAAACUAACAUGUGGCGAAAUGCUUAACAUCGCAUGGAAAAUUAGUUCAGUUGGUAUUUCUCUAUUGUUGAGUUUUUCUGCUGAGUAUAUCUCAGCGGUAUCCGUGCUUACGACGAUUUCUUUUCCUAAGUCACAGUUUCUCCCCCGCGAUCAUUUCCUUAUUUAUCUGCUGUCGUACUACAUCGGUAGAUUUGUCGGUCGAAGCUAUUUACUUUUAUUUGCUUGGCUACCUUCUGAUAUGACGGAAUUCCUUCGCUGCAAUAAAACCUGGAUUUUCACAAUGCUGCAGUUGGUGCAACUGACGUUCUUAAUAUUGGAUUCGUUGUACCAUUUCGUCCCGUACAUCUGGAUAAUAAUCUGUGUUUGUUCAUCUCUUGGUCUAAUCGGCGGAAUAAUAAGCAUGAACGCACCCCAUGCAGUUGCACAGCACGUUAAAUCUGAGGAGAAAGAGUUUGCUUUAGGACUGGUGUCAGUUGGUUCAUCCAUGGGUGUAUUAGUGGGUGCCCUGAUUGGGCUGGCUGUGGAAUCGAGUCUUAGAAAGCAUUGCGUCGAGCAUUACCCAGACACCAAAGAGUUCUGCUUCACAAGAUAUCAAGACACCACUGGCUGGGAAACUAAUAUUCACUGUUGA